AGCAUCAGCCUCCCGGUGCCGGGGAAGCCCUCAUGCAGCCUCGUUUUCUCCAAAUCCCAGCUGCCUCCGGGCCCAGGCAGGCCGGGGCAUCAGCAGUGCGCGGGAGCUGGAAUCUGACCCCUGGCGUCGCGCCUGGUCUCCAUGGCAGCGGCGGAUUUGUUACCCGGGCCUCCGCCCAGCUUGGCGGACUUUCGACUUGAAGCCGGGAGGAAAGGGAACGAGAGGGCAGUUCUGGGAGCGGUGAGCCGGCGGGUGGCAGCCGGAGGCCUCGAGAUGGCCAAGUUUUUUUCCCAGGACCAAAUUAAUGAGUACAAGGAAUGCUUCUCCCUGUACGACAAGCAGCAGCGGGGGAAGAUAAAAGCCACUGACCUCCUGAUGGUGAUGAGGUGCCUGGGGGCCAGCCCGACGCCCGGGGAGGUGCAGAGGCACCUGCAGACGCACGGGAUAGACAGAAAUGGAGAGCUGGAUUUCUCUACUUUCCUGACCAUGAUGCACAUGCAAAUAAAACAAGAGGAUCCAAAGAAGGAGAUUCUUUUGGCCAUGUUGAUGGCGGACAAGGAGAAGAAAGGCUACAUCAUGGCGUCUGAGCUGCGGUCAAAACUCACGAAACUAGGAGAGAAGCUGACCCACAAGGAAGUGGACGAUCUUUUCAGAGAAGCAGGUAUCGAACCAAACGGCAAAGUGAAGUAUGAUGAAUUUAUCCACAAGAUCACCAUUCCUGUGCAGGACUACUGACUAAGGAGGAGGCCAGAGAGCCUCCCCUGGGCCUGAAAACUCAGACUGAUGAAUUUUUAACAAGGAAAGUGUUCCUGUCAUGCUAAGGGGAUGGCAAACACAGCAAGAUGACGUCCCUGACUACACAGAGGGUGACUUAACAAGGAAAAUGAAUGAUUUCAGUUAUGGUAUUCAUGCGUCUUUAAUAAAAUAUUUUUAUUGAUUUUAAUAA